AUGGAUAUGGAAGGUGUUUCGUUGAAUCCUGUCUCGGAUCCUCCCCCCGAGCAGGUUCGACGAGAUAUCUCGGCUCUCCAGAUCAGUUUGAAUUCGCUGGUCGAGGCCCUCCAAGAUCUACAAGUUGACGCUCGCGAUACACCAAACAUGCUCACAGCAGAACAACUGCAGCGUCGUUUCUCUGAGUCUCUCGGAGCUUUCAAGGAAUACCUUGCUGAUGCCCAGAAGUUGAACCACACUUUCCAGUCGCUCAGCGACCUACUACAGAGAGUGCAAGCAUUGACUACUGAGGUCGAGAGGCUCCAAACCCAGGUCAACGAGGAGCAUACCUUGUCCAAGGUCACCGCAGCUAUCCAUGCUUCUCAGGAGAAGACGGUUCAAGCCUUCCACGACCUCUCCACCGAUGAGUACGAGGUCGCAAGACUCAGGAAUGAAUCUCGUGUCAGGCAAGGCAUAGACACAAAGAUGGAUCAGUUUCAGCUCAGAGCCCAAGAACGCACAGAGCUUGACAUCUAUCGUAGACAACAGAGCCAAGUCGAUGCUGGGCAGAUCAGUGCUCGAGAACGCGCAGAGCUUGACAACUUCCGUCAGCAAAAGAGCUAUUUGGAAUCUAUCCAGCUUGCUGUGCGAGAACGCUCGGAACUGGACAACCUGCGACAACAGCAGCCUUUGCAGCUGACUGUUCGAGACAUUCAAGAGCUUGCAACCCUUCGGAGCGAGCGUGCCCAGUUCCAGGCUGUCCAGCUCUCGGCUCAGGACCGCGCUGACCUUGCAACCCUUCGAAGCCAACAGUCCCUGCAGCUCACUGUCAACGAACGCGCAGAGCUUGUGUCUCUCCGAAACCAGCGUCAACAAUUCAACUCUCUGCAGCUCGCAAGCAACGAACGCACGCAGCUCGCACUUCUCCAGGAAGAAAACAAGAUCCUUCGGGAGCAAAAGGUUUCCGCCGACAAAAUGCGUCUCGACUCAAGUGAGCGAUCUGAGCUCGAAAAUCUUCGACGACAAGCCAACCAAGCCCUUACUCAGUUGGGCGAAGUUCAUCAAGUUGUUGUGGGUACCGAAGCUUCCGAGGGGAUCCUUCACAAAGUCGACAACAUCGAGAACACACUCAGUACUGGUAAAGAUGCUGAGCAAAGGAACCUGACCACCUUCAUCCCACGAACCUUGAGGGGCAUUUCAGACAGCAUGACAAAAGUCUUGAACAUCGUCGAGAAGCUGCCUACGGAUGCAGAAUCCGAGUUGCCGCACAAAGGCCGCCGCACAAACGAACAGCUCGUUGGCAGUAAUAUCAUCCCUCGGGCUGAGCGUUCCUCACCCCCUCAAGAAGGCCAUCAUAGGCGAUCUCUGUCCCAUUCGAGCAGCAGGGCCUCCCUUGCCACUCAUGAGCUUCGUCACGGACAUUUCAAAGGUGCUUUCAAUGCUGUUGUGAGACCCAGCAGAAGCAGAACAACACUUACAGGUGGUUCCGAGAUGGAUGUUGAGAGUACUUAUGGAGCAAGAGCCUCAGUUGUGAGCCCUUUGCCACGGGUUCCCGAACACCAUCCCUUCGUGCCCCCUUCUGGACCAGGCACCAUCCCAAGCCGUCCUGACCCUCAGCAUGGUCAUACUGCUGAUCUCCCCGUUCAUUCCAGAGACGAUAUUGUGACGAUCAUCCCCGUCGCAAGCCCAGCGUCAACAGAAAUCACGGUUAAUGUCAGGAUGUCGGACGCACUUGCAAGCACUCUCCGAAGACGUCCCAACACGGUCCUGUUCGACAAUGCUAUCAAGGUUGGAGACGGCUCUGAUCAGAUCGGUGGCUACUUGCCUUUUGCGACAGGUCUGAGUACGGCAGUGACAAAGCGCUUUGUUGAGGAACUCGUCAGUAUCAUCUGUGUAGCUGUCGACGAGAGAUACGAACAGCUGCCCAAAGACGUGCAAAAGACAAUGUGCAUGUAUAACAAGAUGUUGAAGGGAGGCGCGCAGGCCGCCGAUGAGUACGCCUGCCUGUCUUGUAUCAGAGCUAAUCGGAUUUGUCUGAAGAAGGGCAAGCUUUCGACAACAAGGUUUGUGAUGUUCAUCGCGCCCCUUCGAAACCCAUUGUCACCCGAUGAUCUUGCUCAUUGGGUCACCGACCCUUCAAAAGCCGCCAACCUUGCUCCGACGGCAAUUUUGAGUAGAGGAUAG